AUGGAGGCUCCUCCUCGCUCUUCUACUCCCACCAGGUCGCCUGCGAACGCCCCUUCUCCUGCGCCUUCGCCUUUCAAGCUCCCUCAAUCAACAAUGGGAAGUCGACCUGGCGGGUCUCUAGACAACACUAACAACAACAAUAACAUCGUCGUCGACAACUACAACCACAACAACAAUAACGACCAUGAGCGACCGUCCUCUACCGCCAACAAUAUGACCUCUUCACAGCGGCCUCAGAUGCCUACUCCGUCAAUGUCUGCGCCUGCCGGCCGUCUUCCUCGCCUCUUGCCCGCGGACCUCUCCCAGUUCAGCGACUCGAUACUCCCGCUCGCCGCUAUUUCCACUUCCUCGACAUCCCUCGCUGAGCUCGCUCAUUUAAUAAGACUACAAGGUUACCAAGAGCAGCGGAAGGCACACUCACGCGUCCGACUCCACCGAUGGCUGGUCUCGAGCGCUCUUUCCGCACGGCUGGUCCAUUGUGGAGAGCUGGCCCACCGCACCCUCGUGGACAACUUCCGCUCCGAUGACAAGAAGGCCUUUGCAACACUCUACAACGCACUGAACGAUGUCCGGAACUCGUGCGAUGCGACACGACGAUACGCUCUGCUGGAGCCAGAUCUGGAGUUUGGAAAGUCCAAGACCGCAAAGACUGAAAAGUCUCCCUCUCUUUCUACGUUCAUCAAUGAGGUUCCGAACAAGAUUAUGGAUGACCUGUUGGAUUUCGUUUCCGAAAUCCGCACCAAUCCUGAUUUCCUUGCUACUCGUAUUCUUAAUCUUUCCCAGCAAGAGCUUGCUUCUUUGACCUCCUUCCGCCAGGCUUUGGACCCUAUCGACUCGGUGAUGGCAAUGCAGGCCAGAGGUAAGACCGUUGGUUCAGCCCAAAAGGCGAACCAGUCGCAGGCUCCCACUCCUGUGGAGCGUCUUCUUUCCUUUCAACGUCAUGAUCCUCUCUCCGCGCUUGUCUACACAAUCUUCGCGAAUUCUUCAGGACCAGACUCCGCCGAAGAUCUGCGCCGGACAGAUGUCUUUGCCACCACGUGUGCAAAGCUCAUUGUUGACUCCAAGCCCGGAAUGGAGAAGUUUAUCAAGACCGUCCUGGAUGUUUGGGCCGGCAUGCGGGAAUGGCCUGGAAAAGCUAAUCUCGAGUUGUAUCUCAUGCAAGUCCUCCAGGAUGGCCAAUUCAUAUUGGAGAAGGCCGAGGAGCAGCUCAACCGGGCUGGCGCCGCACCGGUUCCCAAUACCAAAGAUACCAUUGCCUCCGAUGAUUUCUUUGAUAAGGCCGUCAAGACUCUGUUCGAGGUUAUUGACGAUGAGCCCAGCGCCGGUGGCAUCCCCGAAGGCGUUUUGGAGAUAGGUAAUGCCAUCCUCCGGAAGCUGGAUGAGACCAAAAACCUCCGCAAGGCUGCUCAGAAUUUCUUUACCCACGGCAUAAUGAUUGGAUAUCACAUUAGCGAGCAUGCACGCCAAAAGAUCCUCAAGGAAAUCGCCAUCCGAGCCCAGAAACAUGUCCUGGACAUGACCUACAAUUGGCGGCAGCAAGUCCCAAUCCUCCCGGAGAUUCGCACCCACAUCGAGAGCAUUCUUUCCAGAUUCAAGCACACCAAGACUAACUCGAAGCCGGUUCUCUUGCCAGCCAAAGCCAUUACCUCACCUCGCGAAACCGUGGAGGUCCAGCCUUUCAUUGUGGUCUCCCCAGCCGAUAUCAUUACCUUGGUCAAUACGUUAUUUCCUGAGCGACGCCCUCCGUCUAGCCAUUUUGAGAAGGACGCGCAGCGUCGCCCGGGCCUUGCAUCCUCAGCUUCGUCCAUUUCCGGUGUUUCUAUGCCGUUCAGAAACCAAAGUGCAUCUGCUGGUGAUGCAAGCUCCAUCUUGAGCGCAAGUGCCUCUUCUAUGACUAGUGACACAACAUCUAGGGAGCCUCUCCUAGAUAUUGCUCAGCCCCACACACUUCCUCCGGAAGAAGGCUACACAGAGAAGAUAGCACCAACCGAACUCUAUGGAAGGCGCCUGAGAAUGGCGUGCUCCGAGAUGAACCGCUUCCUUGGGGUUGAAGCCACAUCGGGUUCAUGCCAUCCCUGUGCUGAACGUUGGGCCGUACUAUAUAUUUCCCCCGAUGGAAAACAGCUCAGAUCCCGGAUGCGCAAGGAUGCAGAUGACGAGGACGAGCACGACGACGACUCCCCCGAGAGCGACAGCAGUGACGACGAAGGCCCAUCGGAUAGGAUAGACUUGAGAUCUGACUAUCACCAGUUAAAGGAUGCGAUUGCCAAGUUAGUCGAAGAAUACGAAAUUCCAAAGGAAUUGGCUCCCGAGAGCGAAUCGAAAAGCUUCAGCAAUCGGACUUCGACCCACAGGCGAGGGGCUCGUGGCGGCCAUCUCACUCGACAGCACAGUGAAGGUCUAGGAUCGAGGAACCCGUACAAUCAACCCCAGGCUCAGGGACAAAGCCAAAGUCAACUGUCGAAUUUGAUUGCCAACCAACGCAAUGGGCCCGCACGCCACCGCUCUCCUCAGCACACUCGUAGUAACAGUAACCCACAGCCAGCGGACAAGCAGGACAACAACUCGGUGCUGAUCACCAUGUUGGAAAUCGCAAUGAACCAGAGCCAAGCUAGGUCGGAUUUCGUCAACGCUCAUUUGUAUUACAAGACCCUACAAACACUUCGCAAGCUCAACUCGCCCUCGCUGACCAAGAAUGGGUACGCUGCACUUCUCAACUAUUUCUCUCGAGGCCCGCGCGAUUCCCUUGGGAAGUCUGCCAACGCCAUUGAGGAGUUCGAGGCCUGGUUCGUCUGGCUUAAGCAAUCACAAGAGCGUCACGAUUCUGCUAUUGAGGAUAUGAUGAUGGGACUGAGAAAUCUCCGCGAUAAGAUGUGGUACAUCACAGAUGUUCGCAAUUCUGCACAAUACGAAGAAGCACGAAACAUUGCAAUUGCUCUCAAGAUCAUGGGUCAGCCCACGAAGACGCCAGAAGGAAAGCCUCUCCAGUCGCACAGGGCUCGGAAUUACUCCAAGUCAUCCUCGAACAACUUCCUCCUCAAGACCGAGGCUCAGCUGGUCGACCUCAUGGCAGCUCCCCAGGACUUCGGAGGCCCGAACAAGUUAUCUGACGAACAAUCCGAUGUGACCAUGAAAUGGCUCAACCAAUACGGAGUAGAGAACUUCUGCAAGGGCGAGGAGAGAAUCCACCGUUUCUGCCUGGAAAUCGACAAAUGCGUCAACAAACUUGUCGGUGACAGCAUCAUGGAUGGCCCAGUCCUGUGGUCCAGCGAACUUUUCCGCAGGGACAAGGAGGUGCUCGACAGUGGGCGCCAGAAGGGAGACCUCUUCCUGACCGGGGUGGGAACACUUUCCAUUGCUGGCGACGAGGAGUACGAGAUUCACGGGCGACCUGGGUCUCGAGGCUCCUUUGCCCAACGCCCCAGCCAUGGCAGCCUCCGCUCGGCCUCCAAUCGCAAUGCCUCCCAGCAGAGCUUCGAUGUAAGUCCUUGGGCAAGGAAUCCUUCUGAUACUCAAGAGUACUUCGGCGCUUCGAGUCCAGUGCUCACUAUUGAUUCCAAUGCGACUUUCUGGUCCCCCUUCCAGACUCAAGUCCAGUCUCCUAGCAGUGCCACAAGCAUUCGACCACGAACCGCCUCGUCUUCGAAGGGCACUGUCAUGCUGAAGCAGUCAGCAAGUGUCAACGAAGACAAGCAUCGCUUCCUUUUGGAUCUCAAGCAGGCAGUCACCGGACUUCUCCUCAGUGAUCUUGGCACCAUGGUUUUCGGCCAUGGUAGCGAGACUGACAAUUGGUUCUCGGGCGAUUUGGGCGAGGACUGCAUUCAACGACGAGAAGAGGAAGACCGCCACCGCAAGAAGCAACUUGCACGCAAGAAGAGCAUGAAGACGCUACGCAGCUCCACUCGCCCUGAACGUAAUGGCCCUCUCGACACCCUUGGCCGUACUGAGCGUAGCGGUGUUGCACCUCCCAUCGCGACGCUACAGCACGCGGCGGCAGCCUCCGAUGCCCACCAAUCUGGAGGCGAGUACUCGUCGACUUCGAGCGAGACUACUUCACGUUCCACCGGCAUGGCUACCGCGAAAAAGGCCGGCUUACUCGAAUUCCCUUACAACGUGGCGUUCCGUCGCCUUUUGAACAAGUUUGCCACUCAUCCGAAUCCGUUCUCCAAGCUUCAUGCGUUGUAUGAGCUUGAGUUGCUUAUAGUUGCAUCUCUCUCCUCCAAGUCUAGUCGCUCAUUCAACAAUCGGCGCGACAUGUUGCCUACGGUGCCACAAUCGCCUACCCUUGGAACCAUGCCCGAGCUAAGCUCUCGGGAGCCGGCGACUCAGACCUCACGGGCACAAAACCUGGAGGAAGCAAUCGCAAACUGCGAGGAGCGCCGCUCCCACAGUAUGAGCCAGAAUCCAGAGCGAUCCAGCACGGCGUCGCCCCAACCCCAUCGCAGUGGUGCCCGUUCUCCUGUUGGCCCACCGAGCACGGACAUGAUCGUCGAUGUGAUCCAGGGCCUUUUCCGUGACGCGGAAAUCCGACCCAAGUCACUGUUCAGAGACCUUCAAUACAUUGCAUCUUUUGUUCCAGCGCAAAUGUUGGAUAAGACUGCGCGUGGCAAGGCCUUCUGGGAUGUCGGCCUCGCCGCUCUCGGCCUCAAGCAGGAUGUCUGCAGAAUCAUGGUCGAGAUUGUCGACGACAUUGUAGCUCGGAACUCUAAUCGUGACCCCGUGAGCCUCCAGUCGAAUGGUGGCGCAGGCCGGCAGUUAGGCACCGCGCCAGGUACUAGCGCCACGGCUGGGUCCGAUCAGGCCGUCUCGCGCUAUACGAUGGAGGAUGCAGCGCGCAUGCUGCUCAUCACAGCGAAAGAAGGAGAUGCCGCGGCCGAGCGCGAGCUUGCCAUUUUCUAUCUCACAUCACCCGAAUUGGUGAAUCGCGCUGUGUUGCCGCUGACGAAACCCCGGGAUGUCUUCAAGACGGAACUGCUUAACCGUGAGAGGAGAGCAAGCCAGGACCCUGCCAGGAGCGACCCCAUGACCAUGUGUGUCGCGCAGCACUGGAUGGAGCAGAGUAAGCGAGGAGGUGAUCAGCUCGCCACCAAGUAUUUGCGAGCUCGCGAUGAGUUCGAGAGCAUUCCGUGA